AUCCUGGCCCUGGUCUGACGUACUUCCGAAGCGUCGGAACAGAGGAAGCUACGCAGACUGCGGGGAAUACGGAGUCGCAAACAUGGUGGUCACUAGGUCUGGGUCCAGGAUCCAAGAAAGUUCCCAACGGAAGAGGUCUGUUCCUCGGAGAAUUGGGACACAUUCAGAAAGCAAAAAAGAAUCGGGAUCGAAAGGCAGCACUGCUGGAUCGCAGUCUGCUGAGGAACAGAACUCAGCCCUCUCUGGCAGCAGGAACAGCAGAACCACAGGCCCAGCGGAGAUCACUGUACUGAUUUCUGAUGGAGAGGCCUCUGAAACGGAGUCUCAUGCUUCUGGGGUUUCUUCUGUGUUAGAGGUCCAAGAGCCCAUUGUAAGAGUAACUAGGAAACGUCAGGUUGUAAUUGUGCCCACCCCGAAGUCCAGUGUUAGGAAAAGGCAGAAAGUAAUCCCUCAACUCCCUCAACAUGAAUCUGUGGAUGAAGGAGCUGUUUCUGAAGCAGAGUCUCAUGUUUCAGGGGUUUCUAUGGUUGUACCUUCCACAGAAAGAAGAACCAGAAAUAAGGCUAAAUCUCAAAGAGAUUCAAGCCAAGAAUCAUAUUCGGAAACUAUAUCUGAUGCUGAGGGGUCCUGCUCAGGCAUUUCAUCAUUAGAGAGUGCACCGAGGAGAACAGCCAGGAAUGUGCAGAAGAAAUUAGAGUUCCAAGCUGAGAAACAAGAUACUGAGAUUACACCAGGAAAUCAGAAGCCAAUCGUGGGUCCAUCUGUGGACUCAGAGGAAUCAGAAGCUAAACAGCCCUCUCAGUUGUCAUCAGCAAGACUGCAGUCUCAGAUAAAUAUGCCGACUAUUUCUGAUAGUCAAACGUAUAAUAAUGACUUUGACGAUUCCAUUCACAGAAAUUCAGGGGAAAAACUGACAACCCAAAACCAUCAAAAUUUGCGUAUCCAAGAGGAAAAACAAGCUGAUGAUGUAUCUCUUACAGAAGUCAUAAAGAAUUGUAAGAAUCUGGAUGAGGAGGACCCCAAAGUAAUAGAGGAAAAAGUAGUUAAUGAGAAAGAUUCCCAGCUGAAUCUUUCCAAAGCUCAAGACCCCAGCCCUCAGCAGUCAAUGUCUCCGAAGCAUUCAAGCAUCCCACAUAAAGCCACAUCCCAGGCUUCAAGUCCAGAGCAGGAGGCUGUAAUGAAAUCACUAGAGCACAAGUUUGCAGUUGUGAAAAUAGAAAGAUGGAAUAAAGAGCGAGGAGGCAACGUAGAAAAGAGUGACUUGGCACAGUUCAGUGAUUGUGGUAACAGCAAUGAUGAGCCUGCAAGUGUAGGUGUCAGUGAGGACAAGAGCAGCCAAAGGGAUGUCGCUCUUGAACGUGAUGCCAUGCCAUGCAAGUCUGAACUCAGCAUGUCUCGGCAUACAGAUAGUCCUAUUCUAUUAUUUCUUAGCAGUGAUGAAAGCCAACAGUCUGACAGCAGUGAGAAUGAAAGGGACACUUUGUGUUCUGUUGAAAACAGUGGCCAAAAGGAGGCAUCAGCUGAGGACUUGGAAGAUCCUGCCUGUGGUAGUGCACUGUUUGUAAUUGACAGAACUCCUGGGUUGAGUGCUGAUAAAAACUUUUACCUGGAAGAUAAGGCUCCAAGUGAGGCUGCUAUUGAGGAAGAAAAGGAAGAAGAAGAUGAGGAGGAGGGAGAAGAGGAAAAUAGUGAAGACUCAUCAGACGGUGAUGAGAAGAAGGAUGAAUCUAGUGAUGAGGAAGACUUCCUCAGUAGCACCAAGUCUAAGCUUCUGAAAUUGACAAGUAGCAGCAUAGACCCUGGACUAAACAUCAAGGAGUUGGGUGGCUUGUAUAUUAAUUUUAAUGCAGACAAACUGCAGCCCCACAAGAAAACACUAAGCCAGAUCAAAGAGAAAAAGAAAAACGAGCUUCUGCAGAAAGCUGUCAUCACACCUGAUUUUGAAAAAAACUAUUGUGUCCCACCAUAUAGUGAGUCAAAGCAUCAGCUUCAGAAACAGCGCAGGAAAGAGAGACAAAAAACAGCUGGUAAUGGUUGGUUUGGCAUGAAAGCUCCGGAACUGACAGACGAACUGAAAAAUGACCUCAAAGCCUUAAAGAUGAGAGCAAGCAUGGACCCAAAGAGGUUUUACAAGAAAAAUGACAGAGAUGGCUUCCCUAAGUACUUCCAGGUUGGAACCAUUGUUGAUAAUCCAGCCGACUUCUACCAUUCGCGGAUUCCCAAGAAACAGAGGAAAAAGACCAUUGUGGAAGAACUGCUGGCUGAUUCGGAGUUCAGGAGAUUUAAUCGAAGGAAGUAUUCGGAAAUCAUGGCUGAAAAAGCAGCAAAUGCAGAAGGAAAGAAGUUCCGAAAAAAGAAGAAAUUUCGCAAUUAAAAUUUACAUAGCAUACCAUAAUAUUUUAUAGAUCUUGAUUUGCUGAAGAUUAUCAUAUAAUUUAUAUAAUAUGUAUAAAUAGUGAUUUCUAUUUGGAAAUAAAAAUUACUGACAAAAUCAAUUAUGUGCCCCUUGGAAUAAAAGUAGGUGUAUGUAUCAGAUGA